AUGUCUACCCGUGCCCUGGUCGAUGAGCGUAUUCUUUCUUCUCCAUACCAUUCUCUCAUCCCACGCACCAAUAUGAACUCUUUCUACAAGUCAGAAAACGUGGGUCUAACCGGCCUCAUCAUUCGCUUGCAACGCGAGGAUAUCGGGGAGGUUGCAAGGGACGAUGAGGCACUUAGCUUCGCGCUUGAGCUCCAACUCCAAGAGCUGAGUAUCGUUGAAACCGACAUCGCUGACCACCAAUUUGCGAUCAAGUGGCUGUGGCAACUCGACUGUGACUACAAACUCGCCCUGGCUCUCUCUAACCUCCAUCACGAAGCCGACGCAGCACUUCUGACCUGUACGGGUUGCGACUCCAGGUUCACCAGACACCAAAGCUUCAAAGCACCUUGCGACCGCCACUUCUUCUGUUUCGAAUGCUUGGCAAACUUCUUCGAGUACACGAUCGGAGACGAAUCGCUCUAUCCACCCAAAUGCUGCGAUAUAGAGAUCUCGCUGGACAACGUGAGGAAACUGCUCGACGACAAGCUCGUUGCUAGAUACGAAAAGAAGAAGAUCGAGUACGACACUGAGCCCACGAAGAGAACGUAUUGCCAUGGCUUGAAGUGCAACACGUUCAUACCCGAAAGCAGCAUCGAGAACGACGUUGCAACAUGCUCUGACUGCGGCAAGCGUACAUGCACAAUCUGCAAAGAAAAAGCUCACCGUGGUGAUUGUCCCAAAGACGAAGACACGCAGAGUUUACUCGAUAUGGCCGAGAAGGAGGGCUGGCAGCGCUGCUACAACACGAAGUGCCACCGUGUGGUCGCCCUCACGAUUGGAUGUAAUCAUAUCACGUGUCGAUGUGGCGCACAAUUCUGCUAUAUCUGUGGUGCUCGAUGGAAGACUUGUCUCUGUCCUCACAUGAAUGAGGCAUACCUUUUGGCAGGCAAUGAUCGCCCGCGCCAUGCUGAACAUAGGCUUUUCCAGCCGCCUCAAGACUAG